ACAGGCAGGCCCAACGCGGGCUUCUGAUUGGAUCCCACAAAUGAUGUCAGACGCAACAAAACCGGAAGUUCCUGUUCCUCAAGCUGGCGCGGAAAGACGAAAAACGAGAAAUGACAGGAAAGUUUCCGAAAUCCAAACUGAAACGUAAGAGGACUUCAGUGGAAGAUGUUGAACCGGAAACAUCAACCUACCGAGGUUUACCGUCCGCGUCCGGUACCGGAGGCGCGAGCACCGACCGGGAGCCUGACGCGGGUUCCGGACGCAGCGCGGCACCGUCAGCACCGGCCUGGUGGAGAACGGUGCCGCCCGGCUCCGCGGAGGCUCUGUGGGCGGCCACGCUGACGUCAGCUCUGCCCUACCUGGAUAAGGAGCGCUGGGACCCGCUUCCUGAUCUCCCGCCGUGCUCCGCUGCGCAGAAACCCAAAAACUCAGACCAGGAGCGGUGGUGCGACCUCGGGUCAGAGGUCAGACCUAUCUCAGAAUCCUCCCUGAGGACUCCAUUGAGCCUCGCCUCCUCCCAGAAGGAUUUCUCAGGAUGGACCACACCUGCUGCUCAACCUGACAGGAGCCCACACCUCCACACAGGGUCUCCUAGGCCCCUCUGCAGGAGUCAGCCACCUCCAGCUGUCCGACGAGGGGAGGAGGCGUCUUCGUCAUCGUCUUCAUCAGCAGGACGGUGCGGAGGACAGAAGGCUGCACCAGGGAACCGAGAACUCACUCAGAAGGUGUCUGAUCCAUCGUCUCCUGCUGAAGAAGAGGAGGAGCAGGGAGUUAGAGGAGAUGAAGAGGCAGAGCUUCAGAGCUGCCCCAUGUGUCUCCAGGCAUUCCCGGUUGGGUCCACGCAGAUGGACCGGGACGGACACCUGGCCCAGUGUCUCUCCGAGAUGAACAUGGACAUGACCUGGUGAGGCGACAGGAAGCUGGACCCACAGGUGGUCCAGAUGUUCUCCAGAAUCCAUCUUCUACGUGAUACUUCAGUGUUUAUUAAACCGAGUGGAGAAACCAGGAAAAAUAAAGAGAAAAGCCACCGCUUCCUGUUUCUGGGUCACAUUCACCCUUCUCCCACCUACCAGCGGUCAGUGGAGACUCCAUCUCCUCCAUCGGUCAGAUCAACACGCCGGGACUCGCCCUGCGGUCUUCAGCCAAGUGCACCUGGAGAAAGUGCAGUAAGACUUCGAGUGUGUGGUUCACAAGUGUGCAGAUAAUUGCUGAUUUGAGACGGGCAUGCGAUGCGUCAUCGAUCGCCAGGAUGCUGGUCGCUGUGAUGUUUAAAAAAAUAAACUUUAUUAACUCAUUAAUGGCCAAUGACGACUAAAGUCAUGUUUUUUUACGGUGUGGGCGUCGGACGAGCCCCCGCACCGUGAGAACAAACAUCUCAGCUCUAAAGCCGAUCUUCAUCCGCGUACGUCACACGUCACGUGAUCAGGAAGCAGAAAAUCCGAUAAGUGAGGCGCGAACCGGAAAAGCUUCUGCCGAUCACAAUUCAACAAGGGAUUACGAAAAAACGGAUAACGCUCGAAUCGCGCGGAUUCUUCCUGAUGUAAGAGGUCAGUCUCCUCUUUGUUUUGGUAGUUUGGGCCAUGACAUCAUCCUAGCGCGUAACGUUCUAUGACUCUUGAAAAAAGUGUAAAAUCGCUGAAAAAUGCUGGCAGUGACGGAGUUGGCAGCUUUCAAACAAACAGUUAUUUGUAAUAAUCGUACAUUCGUCGCUGCUUUGACUAAAAGUUUCAGAGCAUCAACUAAUCGUCCUAAAACGAACUUUCAUUAGAAAAUACAUGUUCAGAAAAGGAACUUGAGCCUUUGCUCCCACAGCAAUGGAUUGUGGAUAAUACACUUCACCCAAGUCCACAUCCAUGCAGACUUGGGUGAAGUGCGGAUCAAUGACGCAAAAGGGGCGUGGUCAGCUUCCGCUUCCACUCACACCCCUGGCCGGGAGGAGGAAGUUUUGGGAUUGAACCAGCCUUCAUCAUCCUCUACGGACCUGGACCCAGGUGAGGCUGGUCCUCCUGAAUCUGACCCAACCAUGGAAAAGUGAUGGUUUGGUCAUCUGAACACAAACUCAACUAAAUGAAUUUUUAAAUUAAAUUAUUAUUAUGCUAAUAAAAACAUCCCAAGACAAAAAAUGUGAACUUGGUUUUCUUAUUAAAACGUUUUUCUGAAAAUAAUUUUUUAAUGUAUGAAUAUGCAGACGAGCGCAGCAGGAGGACAUCUAAUCAGAUCAUCUGCUGGAACUACCUGUGUGAUGUCAGUCGCUGCUGAGUUUGGUCCUCCAGGUGUUUAGUUCCCCGGAAAAAACGUUUCCCUCCUAAUCAACUUAAUUAUCGGAGUCAUUAGUCGCAGCUUUUCCUGUAACAUGUUUGUGUUUGCAGGCGACAUACUUGACUCUGAGCUGGUUAAGUGUGGAGGGGCUCCUUUCUGUGAGGAGCUAAAUGAUCAUCAGAUGCUAAUCAGAUGAUAAUCAGCGCGCCUGGCCCGUACGGAGCGCUAAAGUGGUCGGAGAGUCGAGCUGCUGCUGAGAAUCGUUCCUCAGCUGGAAAAUACCAGAAAAUAAAAACAGCAGCAAAAAGUUCUGACCUAAAACAAAAGCUGGAUAAUAUUCUAACGAACCAACAGAGAACAGCUAGCACCGACCUUAGAACACGCUGGACAAACGUCCCGAAUUCACAACCGGAAAUGACGCGGCUAGCUUAACCAACAUUCUUAGCUUUUAGGAGGGAUUUUUUUUUUUUUUUACAAAAGCGUCAUUUAUUUUCAUACAGAGAAAACAUUUGGCCAGUUUGGUUAUAUUUGUAGAGCGGAGACACUUUUACAAACAUGAAUGCGAUUCAAAACGAUGAAGAUAUGAGAGGGACACACAGCUAAUGUUUAUGCUAAGAUAAGCUAACUGUGUCCUGAGACAAACAUGACAUUUUCCCGAUGAUCUGCUU